UACCCAUUUAAUGAUGGCGCGGGCCUAUGAGUUUGACCCGAAAAACAAGGUUGACGGUCCAAGAGGAUGUUAGUCAGACCCCAUUCCAGUCUCCAAAAGCUGAGCUCGCCGGCGUCUGCCAGAAGAUUUCCAGUUAGAUAUCGAUACAAUUUAGUCUUGAUAAUCUAAAUGACUGAGAGAUUGAGAGAAGGAUAUAAGCGGCGAACUUAGGAAGCAAAGCCGCCGUGGCAAAGGUGUCAUUUUUUUCCGUUCCCCCAAACAAAAGCUGAUAGUUUUUGCUCUGCAGACCGCCGUCGGGAAAAGGAAACUGGUUUGAUGAUGGGGCGUUAGGUUCCGCUGUUCGAUAGGACCACGAACAUAACAGUUUCAACCGCCAUUACUUUCAACUGAUGUUAAGAUAACCUAAGAUGCUGUUUCGUCGCCUGGGCUAUUUUUCACCUUCCCUAUCCAAAACCUCACUGCUCUUCUCUGCUUUCACCCGAAACCAUUCUUCUUCUUUCUCUUUCCACUCCAAAACCUUGCGCUCUCUUCCCCAUAUUUUCUUCAAACACGAGGGCAAUUCCAAAGCCCAAUCUGCCAAUUUGUGCUCCAUGAACAAACCAUACCAUUUCUCUACCGCCUCAGCGGCUGUUGUGCAAGAGCCAAAUACAACGAACCCUGGCAAUAAGCUCUCCAAAAAAGCCCGCCGUGAAGCCCCGGAAAGCGUGCUUCGAUUUAAAUUAGAUCAGUGCUCGAAGCAUGGUGACUUGGAAGAAGCUCUCCGCCUUUAUCAUGAAGCCAGGUUGAAUGAAGUUUCAUUAAAUGUACACCAUUAUAAUGUUUUGCUUUAUUUGUGUUCAAAUUGUAGUUCUGGUGGUGAGGGGGAAUUCGGGGAUUUGGGUAUUCAGAAGGGUUUUGAGAUUUUUAGGCAAAUGGGAUUUGAUAAAGUAGCUCCAAAUGAGGCUACGUUCACUAGUGCUGCAAGGUUAGCUUCAGCUAAGGAAGACCCGGAUUUGGCUUUUAAUUUGGUGAAACAAAUGAAGAAUUGUGGUAUUCCUCCAAAGUUGAGGUCAUAUGGCCCGGCCUUGUUUGGUUUCUGCAAGAAGGGAAUGGCAGAUAAGGCUUAUGAGGUUGAUGCCCAUAUGGUAGAAUCUGGGGUGGUGGCAGAGGAGGAAGAGCUUUCUGCUCUUUUGAGGCUGAGUUCUGAGACAAAAAGGGAUGAGAAAGUGUAUGAAAUGAUGCAUAGGUUAAGGGCAUCUGUGAGACAGGUGUCAGAAGAUACUGCUAGCAUUGUCGAAGAUUGGUUUAGGUCUGAAACUGCUGCAGGGGUUGGGAUGGAGAACUGGAAUGUGGAGAAGGUGAAGGAAGGUGUAGUAAAGGGUGGGGGUGGGUGGCAUGGACACGGGUGGUUAGGGAAAGGACAAUGGGAAGUGGUGAGAACUGAGAUGAAUGAGACAGGAGUGUGUCAUUCAUGUGGGGAGAAGCUUGUAAGCAUUGAUAUUGAUCCUAGGGAGACGGAGAAUUUUGCUAAUUCUUUGGCAAAGUUGGCUUCUGAAAGAGAAGCCAAAAAUAACUUUUUACAAUUUGAGGAGUGGCUUAAGAGGAAUGGUCCAUUUGAUGCAGUGGUAGAUGGUGCAAAUGUUAGCCUCCUUAACCACCGAGACUUUAGUUUUUUACAGCUCAAAUCUGUUGUGAAUCAAUUACAUCAAAUGAGCAAAUCAAAGAAACUGCCACUGGUUGUAUUGCAUAAAAAUCGUGUAACUGGAGGACCUGCUGUCCAUCCUAAGAACAAGAAGCUGCUAGAAAGCUGGAAAAAGGCUGGUGCACUUUAUGCUACUCCAUUGGGUUCAAAUGAUGAUUGGUAUUGGUUAUAUGCUGCUGUUAGUUGCAAGUGUUUGCUGGUGACAAAUGAUGAGAUGAGAGAUCACCUCUUCCAACUGUUAGGGACUAGCUUUUUCCCCAGAUGGAAGGAAAAACAUCAGAUCCGGAUGACUGCAUCUAGAGAACAUGGACUUAAUCUACACAUGCCUCCUCCAUAUUCAAUUGUUAUGCAGGAGUCGGAGGAGGGCAAUUGGCAUGUACCAACAGUAACCGGGGAUGACCUUGAAACACCUCGUCAAUGGUUGUGCGCCAGCAGGAAGCGGAGAAAGGCACUGCACUCUCUCUUCCAGUAAACGCCGAGGUUUCAAGUUCAUGAGUAUCAAAUGUGACAUUAUAGCAUAGUAUAAUGUUAAAACAAAUGACCCCAUUAAUGUAACCAACACUAAGAAAGCACAUUACUUUUGGGUAAUAUCCAAGAAUUUUCAGAGAUGUAUGGAUUGUUGUUUUGAUUUAUGGGAAAACCCGCAGUCACUACCUAAA